UGUGUAUUUAUUUAUUUAUUUUGGUGAAAAAUACAACACAAUAAGCCCAGCUAAAUAGGAUGUAUCAUUUAAAUUUGGGCUUUACCUUCUCCUUGUAAAGAAGUUAACGCGUUUACAAACCCUAGUUUCAAUCAACCACCUUCCUUCUUCUCUCUUGCAAGCUGCUCGAGUCUCUUCUCUCUAGGUAAAUGUCGCGUGUGUACGUGGGAAACUUGGACCCUAGAGUUACUGAGCGUGAGCUCGAGGAUGAGUUCCGUGUCUAUGGAGUCAUCAAGAGUGUGUGGGUUGCUCGUAGACCACCUGGCUACGCUUUUCUUGACUUCGAGGAUCCCAGAGAUGCCCGUGAUGCCAUCCGUGGUUUAGAUGGCAAGAAUGGUUGGAGAGUGGAACAGUCUCACAACCGAGGUGACCGUGGAGGCGGCCGUGGUGGUGACCGCGGAGGCGAUCGUGGUGGGUCUGAUUUGAAGUGCUAUGAGUGUGGUGAGCCUGGUCACUUUGCACGUGAAUGCCGUAACCGCGGUGGCACAGGAAGGCGUCGCAGCAGGAGCAGAAGUCGCAGUCCUAGAUACAGGAGAAGUCCAAGCUACGGACGCAGGAGUUAAAGCCCUCGUGCAAGAUCUCCUCCUCCUCCAAGGCGCCGCAGCCCUUCACCUCCUCCUGCACGUGGCCGCAGCUACAGUAGAUCUCCACCUCCGUACAGAAGGCGUGAGGAACUGCCUUAUACUAAUGGAAACGGACUGAAAGAUAGACGCCGAAGCCGAAGCCGGAGCUGAGAGUUUUUACUGAGAAACUGAGAUGAUGACGAAGUACACUACUUAGCUUUAGGAGAUUAAGAGAAGGACUGGAUUGGUUUGCAUUUUAACAUAAUGUUUAGUGUUGGAAUUUUCUGAUAAUAAAGACCUAUGCGUCUCUCUUUUUUUGAAGUUAAUGUUGAUCCCAAACGUAGACAACACCUGGCCAUGUUUUCAAGUU